CCAGCUAUGGGGAAGUCCCAGUCACUGCUGGCCAAGCACAAAGACGACAGUCAGGAGGCGCUGACGGUAAACGCGGACGGAAUGACGUCACAAGAUGAAGCAAAGAACGGCGAUGUGUCGCAGUUUCCAUAUGUGGAGUUCACGGGACGGGACAGUGUGACUUGUCCCACAUGUCAGGGCACGGGUCGCAUUCCACGAGGUCAGGAAAACCAGCUGGUGGCUCUGAUUCCCUAUAGCGACCAAAGACUGAGGCCAAGCAGGACGAAGCUGUACGUGACCAUAUCGGUGUGCGUUUGCCUACUGCUGUCCAGUCUGGCCGUCUUCUUUCUGUUUCCCCGAACUAUCGACGUCUACUACGUGGGCGUGAAGUCAGCCUACGUGGCUUACGAUCACGAAAAGCAGAUCAUCUAUCUUAACAUUACCAAUACUCUGAAUAUUACAAAUAACAACUACUACGCCAUAUCGGUGACCAACAUCACCGCCCAGGUGGAGUUCUCCAAGACAGUAAUCGGCAAGGCUAAGUUUAACAUCAACAACACUGUUAUCGUACCUCUGGAUCAGCGACAGAUUGACUACACAGUCCCCACUGUCAUUGCAGAUGAAUUAAAUUACAUGUUCGACUACUGCACGCUGCAGUCCAUCAGAGUGCACAACAUGGUGGUCAUGAUGCAGGUUACAGUGACCACAUCAUAUUUUGGACACACCGAGCAGGUGUCCCAGGAGAUGUACCAGUAUGUGGACUGCGGGGGAAACACCACAUCAUUACAUGGCCAUGUGCAGGUCUUCUAA